AUUGAAUACAUGUAUCCGAGGUACAUAACUACCGCCCAAUUAAAGCAAGAAUUCAGAUGAUUGCUGAAAGCAAUAAGAAAACAAAGUUUGAGGAUUAUUAUAAGCUGAUCGAAAGCUUGGGAAGGAAACCUAUUCAACCCCAAUCCUGUGGCACUUUUGUUGCAGUAGGCAUGGAAAUCAGCACAAGAAAACUGUAUGCCGUCAAAUUGAUGCAAAAAAGUGUUACAGAAGCUGACAGUUUUGGCGCCAAGCAAUUAGAUUCCUCUGGAAUGAAAACGAUAGGUCAUUUGUUAAAUCUUGACCAUAAACAUCUAGUGAAACUGAGGGAAACCUUUGAAACACCUUUCUCGUUGCAUAUAGUUGUCGAACUUGCUAAUGGGGAGCAACUCUUUCGAAGAUUAACUGAGUUUCCUGUGUACAAUGAAAAAAUGAUUGUACAUUAUUUCAGACAAGUGGUUGAUGGUAUUAGAUACUUACAUGAAUAUGGAAUUAUUCACAGAAAUUUAAAACCUGAAAAUAUAUUGCUCAGUACAAGAAAACCUGAUGCGAUUGUAAAAAUUACUGAUUACUCGCCUCAAUCAUUUACUACAGGAGAUUUAGAUUUGGAAUUGGUCUGUGUAACAACGAUAUUUUGUGCACCUGAAUUGUUAUUAAGUAGACGAUAUGAUAAAGCUGUAGAUCUAUGGGCAUUAGGUAUAUUGUUGUAUAUAAUGUUAUGUGGUAGUGAUCCAUACAAAUCAAAAACUAAUAGUGAUUUAUACUAUGCUAUACUCCACUGUGACAUUGAACUACAAUCUACCAUAUGGAAAUCAAUUAGCUCCAGUGGGAAAGAUGUUGUUAAACGUCUUUUAAUGAUAGAUCCAAAGUUCAGAAUUAUUACACCGUAUUUACUAAAGCAUCAAUGGUUUAUUGAAGGAAAUAAAAGCAUACAACAUUUAGAUUUAGUACAAGAGAAUUUAGACAGUUUUAAUAAACAACGUUCAGAAAAAUAUUCUAACAUGGAAUAUAAACAAGAGGAUUGGAUAACCAGUGAAUAUUUAAAGCUACCAAGAAGAAAUUCAAAAUCAAUUCCAAUGGAAGAGUCUGAUGAAGAUAUAAAACCAGAGACAGUAGCUCACAAGCGAAUUGAUCAACCAUUAUUAAAAGAAUCACCGAAAACAACAGAUGAAUAG